AUGGAUGGCAAAAAGAUGGAGUCUUUCGACCUCGUUAUAGUUGGCGCAGGCGUUCAUGGCUUGACUAUGUUGAAGACAUACCGCGAUGUCCACUCCAAGGCAUCGAUCUUGGUGCUGGACAAGGGAAAUUCCAUAGGUGGAGUCUGGUCAAAGGACAGAUUAUAUCCAGGUCUUCACACGAACAACCACUUCCAGACAUUUGAGUACAGUGACUACCCUAUGAGUACGGAAGGAUUCGACCUUACUGAUGACCACAUCCCUGGGGAACACGUUAACGAAUACCUGCAAAGCUAUGCCAACGACUUCGAUCUAGCGAACCAUAUGCGUUUCAACUGUACCGUAGACUCUGCUACCGACCAAGGAUCCGAUGGGUGGACGUUGGAAGUUACGCAAACCACGCAAGCGCAGCAACAAAAGUACAAGGUCGCGGCAGCAAAACUUAUCGUAGCGACGGGGCUGACUUCGGAACCCCUUAUGCCAAAGCUAGAAGGAAAGGAGGCGUUCGACGCCCCAAUCUACCACACCAGUGAGCUCUCAAGAGCAGAAAAUGGCCUUGGCACAUUUAAUAAGGUGGUGCUUCUUAGUGGUGCAAAGUUCUCGUGGGAUAUCGCAUGCGCAUAUGCUUUAGCGGGGAUCAAGGUCGACUGGGUUAUUAGGCAGUCUGGCCACGGUCCUUGCUGGAUGAUGCCGAACCGUCUCACACCUCUCAAGAUCAUACCGGAGUACCUACUGCAAACUAGGCUGAUUACCUGGUUGAGCCCAUGUAUAUGGGAAGACGGCUUUUCUUACAUCCGAAACUUCUUCCAGCAACACUGGCUCGGCCAAAAGAUCGUGGACUUGUUCUUUGGUAAAAUGCAACACAGCGUGGAAAGUAUCAAUAAUUAUGACGGCCACCCGGAGACAGCUAAGCUGAAACCUUGGGACGACGUUUUUUUUAUCGGCACGAAUCGAGGUCUUCUGAAUUACGGUCUGGACUUUUUUGAGUUUGUACGCAAUGGCACGAUUCGCGUACAUAUUGCGGACAUCAUGCAUUUAUCGCACCGGACAGUCCAUCUCUCCAAUUCUGAAGCGCUCGAAGCAGACGUGUUGAUAUGCGGCACUGGAUGGAAAGACACACCGCAACUUAACUUCAUCACAGAAAGGGAACUAGGCUUACCCGGUCACGCUUUCGCAUCCUCGCAACAAUACAUUGCACAAGCCGAGACAGAGAUAUUCAAAAAUUGCCCCAAACUACAACAUCAACCUACACCGAGACACUACGAACCGAUUUCCGAAAAGGCUACAGAAAAUGUUCCUGAGCCAUACCGUUUGCAUCGCUUCAUGGUCCCUCCAGCGUUCAUCAACAGCCGCACGCUGGCUUUCGCAGGCACGUACCGCAGUCCAGCGACUACUAUCAUAGCGCAAACUCAAGCGCUUUGGAUCACGGCCUUUCUCGACAACCAGAUACCCACAAUCGCUGCUACAGACGACGAAGAGGUACUCCAGCGCAUCAUGUACGAGACGGUGCUUCAUACUCAAUUCGGAAAAUGGCGCUAUAGCAGAGGAUUUGGCGCGCGUUUCCCUGAGCUCUGGUUUGAUUGCCUACCAUAUGUUGAUCUUAUGCUGAAGGACAUUGGUGUGCAGAACCAGCGGAAGAAGAGUUGGUGGGCUGAGCGGUUUACGCCGUAUAUGCCAGCGGAUUAUGUGGGUAUCGUCGGUGAAUAUUUGGCUUUGAAGAAGGCGCAUGAGGCGUCACAUUGCGACUGA